AUGGAGAGGGUUAACAUUCAUUAUGUCGAUGAAAAGGGUCGCGUAAUGGAUCAAAAGGAUGCUUACCGGGAACUCUCUUACAAGUUCCAUGGUCGCAAUCCUGGCAAAAAGCAGACGGAGAAGCGAAUAUCCAGACGAGAUAAGAAAGAGAUGUUGAAGCAGAUGAACAGUUCUGAUACUCCUCUCGGUACGCUGUCAAAGCAGUUAAGAAAGCAGGAGCUCCUGCAAACGCCCUACCUUGUACUCAGUGGAUCAGGACGAAGUGACCAGUAC